AUGUCUUUCCGUUUACAUCUCAUCCGACACGCAGAGGGAACCCACAAUCCCAGCCACGACAGAACCAUUCUCGACCCUCCAUUGACAGAAAAAGGAAUCCAACAAUGCCUAAAACUCUGUCAAGACUUUCCGUUCAAGGAGAGUGUUGGUCUAGUGGUGACAUCUCCACUCCGACGCACUCUUCAAACGGCGCGUCUAGGCCUCCAACAAAGCAUCGAUGAGAAAUAUUAUGCCCCAGGCUCCGGGGCAGGAAUUCAAAAUGGCGCCCGUCUUUUGUUAGAGCCAGAUGUGCAGGCACACUCCGCUCGACCAUGUGAUACUGGCUCCGACAUCGCGAUUUUACAAUCGGAGUUUUACGAUCUACCCUGGGAAAUAUUAGAUUUGGAUCCCACAUUCCCAGCAAAGGAAGGACUUUAUGCCAGUGAUGUCGAGAGCUUGAAGUUGCGCAGAGCACGGAUCCAGAGUCGGUUGGAGGAGAAAUUCAAAGAACUAAAGUACAGCGGAAGACCAGACAUUGUCGUUGUUACACAUGGCGGGUUUUUGAGCUUUGUCAUCGGCCAGGAGAAAACAGAAGUUGAACAGGCAAAGUGGAAGACUUUUAUUGUUACAUUUGAUCAGGAUUCGAGAAUUGUUGUGGAAUCCGCUUUGGAAGAAUGA